GUACCAACCCUUUACUUUCACUUUGGCACUGACGUGAAGUCAUCGUUGCAAAUUCCUUGCAGGAAAAAAAAAACACAAAAAAACAUGAGAGGAGCCGCACAAACUUUAGCUCUGCGGACAUGGUGAUCUGGUGAAGGGAUCGUCUGGCCGGGGCUGCGUCUCUUCUCUCCCAGACUCUGAACUGAACGUAAAGGACAUGGCGAGGCAGCUGUGAAGAGACGAUCAUGCUCUGACACAAACAACACACGGGCUUUGUCAACGGUGGACUCUGACCUCGAGCUAAGGCAUAUUUAAAAGGCGACGGUUAAGAAUACAAAGCACAAAAACACACAAUGGAGCGGCCCACACUGAAAAGGAGCCAGCUGUGCGUCUCUUGGACCAUGAAGGAAAGACUCGGGGUGGGAGGCUUCGGGCACGUCUACCUGUACCAGCACAAUGAGACGGGCGAGAAGAUUGCCGUGAAACUUUGCCGCCUGGACCUGAGUGAGAAAAAUAAAGAUCGCUGGAGCAGGGAGAUUCAGAUCAUGAGGAAGCUGAACCAUGUGAACGUUGUUCAGGCCAGAGAAGUGCCAGAGGACGUGACCUCCAUUGCUCUCAAUGACCUACCUCUGCUCGCCAUGGAGUACUGCACCAAAGGAGACCUGCGUAAGGUGCUGAAUAAGCCAGAAAACUGUUGUGGACUGCAGGAGAGUGAAGUCCUGUUGCUGCUCAAUGACAUUGGCUCUGGUAUCCAGUAUCUUCACGAAAACAAGAUCAUCCACAGAGACCUAAAACCCGAGAACAUAGUGCUGCAAGAGAUCGACGGGAAGCUUGUCCAUAAAAUCAUAGACCUGGGGUAUGCAAAAGAUCUGGAUCAAGGCAGUCUUUGUACAUCCUUUGUUGGGACUCUUCAGUACCUGGCGCCGGAGCUGUUUGAGAGUAAGCCGUACACUGUGACCGUGGACUACUGGAGCUUUGGGACGGUCAUUUUUGAAUGCAUUUGCGGUUUUCGUCCAUUUCUGCACAACAUGCAGCCGGUGCAGUGGAUAAACAAAGUCAAGAACAAAGGCCCUAAAGACAUCAUGGCUGUGGAGGACAUGAAUGGAGAAAUUCGGUUCUCGCCACACCUGUCAUAUCCCAACAACCUCAGCAAGCCGCUGCUGGAGCCAGUCGAGUGUUUGCUUCAGAUGCUCUUACUGUGGGACCCUGCUUCCCGUGGCGGGGGUUCUGAUCCGAAAACAAACAAGCCACGCUGCUUCGCCCUGCUGGAGAACCUUCUCAACAUGAAGGUCAUGCAUGUCUUGGACAUGACGUCGGCCCAGCUGCACUCCAUGGUUUUGGGCGUCGAGGAGAGCUUUCUGUCCCUGCAGCUGCGCCUGGAGGCUCAGACCCAGGCGCACAUCUCCCCGGAGAGUCAGGAGCUGCUGCUGGAGACGGGAAACUCCCUAGACCCACGCUGCGCGCCCGUCCAGUGUCUGCCAGACGGCUUGCGUGGGUGGGACACCUCCAUAGUGUUCCUGUUUGAUAAGAGCCUCACCAAGUAUUCAGGACCACUGACUGCCAGACCCCUGCCAGACAGCGUUAACUUUAUUGUCAGGGAAACAAAGACCCAGCUGCCCCUGUCUGCCCUUAGAAAGGUGUGGGGGGAAGCCCUCAGCUACAUAUGUGGUCUGAAGGAGGACUACCUUCGCCUGUACCAGGGCCAGAGAGCUGCCAUGCUAAGCUUGCUGCGCUACAACACCACCUUAACGCAGUUCAAGCACCGCCUCUUCUCCUAUUCGCAGCACCUCCACGCCAAGCUAGCUAUCUUCAAAACCAGCAUCCAGCAGGAUCUCGAGCAAUACACCGAGCAGAGCAACAGCGGCGUCUCCUCGGAGAAGAUGCAGCGGGCAUGGCAGGAAAAUGAACAGAGGGCUGAAGGGUUGGCGCAGGUUGCAAAUGUGUCGAGUCUUGACGAAGAAAUCUUGGCGCUACACUCGGAAAUUGUGGAGCUGCAGAGGAGUCCGUUUGCCAGGAGACAAGGAGACAUGAUGGAAAAGUUUGAAAAAAAGGCAGUUGAGCUCUACAAGCAACUGAAAACUAAAUGCAAAAGUAAUGACCCUCCACAUGGCUACAGUGACAGCUCAGACAUGGUGCGGACAAUACUGCAGACGGUUCAGAAUCAGGACAGAGUGUUAAAGGACCUCUACACGCAUCUAAGUGCAAUCCUGAUGUGUAAGCAGCGUAUCGUGGAUUUGUUCCCUAAAUUGGAAAAGGCCGUUGUGGACAUCAAAGCUGCGGAGGCUGAAGUGAUGCACAUGCAAAUAAAGAGACAAAAGGAGUUCUGGUUCCUUCUAAAGAUUGCCUGCGCUCAGAGCAACGCUCAGCUGUCGUCACUUAAACAAAAGCAGCCAAGUGACAGUGAAACAGUUCAACAGCUACUGGAUGAAAAUCAGCAAUAUCUGAAUCAUCUUACCUCCCUGAUGCAAGACGCCAGCCAAGAGUUGAAGCAAAGUGUUAUGGAUCAAGACUGGAGCUGGAUUCAGUUCGGAGAAAACAACGUUGAGUCUCAGUAGCUCCGAAGAGCUUUGCAAAGAAUGAGUGCCUUUCCUAGAGCUAAAACUGUCGGACACCUUUACCUUUUCAAAUUGUGUAAUUUACAUGAAUGCUUUGAGACGAUAAUAUAUGAGGCUUAAUGGCAAAGUAAGCUAUGCAUGUUUUAAGUCAAACAUAUUAUGCACACACGAUGUUAACAACGUAUUUAUUUUUCUGAUAUCGAUUGACAAAAUUGUGUGUAACGGAAUGUGAAUACAUUUUUAUAAAUGUUGAAACCAUGCUGCA